AGAUAUUCAUUUUUAUAGGCGCGUAUAUCCUCGAGUCAGGCACACGAAGGAGGCAACGAAAAGAUCAGGCGACACCGGGCCAAAAGUUUAGGGGGGCAAAACCACCUCAUCCACAAGCAGGAAGCACAACCCCUGAGCACCUCACGAUGCCACACCAACGCCAAAGCUCCCGAUUAUCCAAUGCCACAGGGAGAACAAACCCUAUCCUCUUUCUCUUCUACACAAAAAAUUUUCUCCUCCUCUUUCUCUUCUCUCUGUGUCACUGCGUGUGAGGAGCGUAGCUUAGAGUGAGAAAAUAAUGGCGUUGGAGACGUGCUUCAGAGCCUGGGCGACUCUGCACGCCCCACAGCCACCGUCCUCCGGCGGCAGUAGGGACAGACUCCUCCUCUCCGGCGCCGGCAGCAGCCAGUCCAAGCCAAGGUUGUCCGUCGCCUCGCCGUCACCGCUCCGACCUGCCUCCCGCUUCGCCUGCCAGUGCAGCAACGUCGUCGACGAAGUGGUGGUGGCGGACGAGAAGAACUGGGACAGCAUGGUGCUGGGGAGCGAGGCGCCGGUGCUGGUGGAGUUCUGGGCACCGUGGUGCGGACCGUGCAGGAUGAUCGCGCCGGUGAUCGACGAGCUGGCCAAGGAGUACGUCGGCAAGAUCAAGUGCUGCAAGGUGAACACGGACGACUCACCAAACAUCGCCACCAACUACGGCAUCCGGAGCAUCCCCACCGUCCUCAUGUUCAAGAACGGCGAGAAGAAGGAGAGCGUCAUCGGCGCCGUCCCCAAGACCACCCUCGCCACCAUCAUCGACAAGUACGUCAGCAGCUGAUUGCAUCAUCAUCGUCGUCUUCUUCCUCUUCUUCUUCAGCUGCAUCAAUCAAAUCAGACUUGAUCGAUCAGAGCUUCGUUUGUAAGUUGUAACUAAGCUACCCCCUGCUUUGCCUCUCUAUGUGUAUCGCCAGCCACCCCUUUCUCUUCAUCGUCCUUAAUUGUUGUAAUCCUACUACUCCAUGGAAUCAAUACUGUAACUAUUAUUGAUUGAUGAUACCAUCUUUUGACUAGCAAAGAGGAAUCAAACUGUGCUACAUAUACAUAUAUGAUGGCCACAUCUGUUUGAA